CGAUUGAAUUCUGCUCUCAUCUACGACCGUGACUUCAGUUACAACUAUUUUGGAUUCAAGACACUGGAACGUUCCUAUUUACUCAAAAUGGAUGGAAAAGUGGCUGAGCGCCCUCAACAUAUGUUGAUGAGAGUGGCUGUAGGUAUUCAUGAGGACAACAUUAAUGCUGCUAUUGAGACAUACAACUUGCUAUCGGAGAAAUGGUUUACACACGCUUCCCCUACACUGUUCAAUGCUGGGACAUGCAGACCACAGCUUUCUAGUUGUUUCUUGCUGACCAUGCACUCUGAUAGUAUAGAGGGUAUCUAUGACACCCUCAAACAGUGUGCCCUCAUAUCCAAGUCUGCAGGAGGCAUUGGGCUCAAUGUUCACAAUAUCCGUGGUACCGGAAGCUACAUUGCUGGGACAAAUGGAAUUUCCAAUGGCUUGCUUCCUAUGUUACGGGUGUACAACAAUACUGCCAGAUAUGUCGACCAGGGCGGCAACAAGAGACCUGGAGCUUUUGCUAUUUACCUGGAGCCUUGGCAUUGUGAUAUGUUCGACUUUUUGGACUGUAAAAAGAAUACAGGGAAGGAAGAAAAUCGAGCCCGUGACCUGUUUUACGCACUCUGGAUACCAGACUUGUUCAUGGAGAGAGUACAGGACAAUAAAGAUUGGACUCUGAUGUGUCCUGCUGAGUGUCCAGGUCUCGCGGACUGUUGGGGGGACGAGUUUGUGGAGCUAUACACCAAGUAAGA